AUGCGCAAUCCUCCCUCAGGAGAUGAACCUAGCCAUUACUUUUCUGGGGAAAAGAGAAUGGCUCCAUUUAUUCUGAGAAGCACUCCACCUCUGUUCCCCCAGAAGAACUACAAAUGCUUGACCAGUUGUGUGUUCCUCAAAUACAUCCGGGUGAGGUGGGGCAACUGCCCGGCCCCUGACUGGAACAGUGAGUUCAUGGCUGCCUGUGUGGAGAGCUGUGAAGUUGACACUGAGUGUUCUGGGGUAAAGGAAUGCUGCUACAACGAGUAUGGGCACACCUGCCAAGUGCCCAAAAUUCUGUACAAAGGCAUCCCCGUGAAGCCCAGGAAAGAGUUACGAUUCACAGAACUGCAAUCUGGACAGCUGGAGAUUAAGCGGUCCUUAAAAUUCAAUAUUUCCACCGUGCCUGUCAUCUACAUGGUGUGGAGAUGGUGGAACUAUGGAAUUCAUCACAGUGAAGAUGAUGCUACCCACUGGCAGACUGUGGUUCAGACCACAGAUGAGAGGGUCCAACUGGCAGACAUACGACAUAGCAGGUGGUUCCAGCUCUGAGUGGCUGCUGUCAACGUGCAUGGGUCCCAAGGAUGUACACCCCCCCAGCAAGCACUUCUACUCCUCCGGAGGUUUUCCAAGUCUUCUACCUUUGACAGGGUGCAGUCUUAA